AAGAUAUGCAAUUUCUUGCUAUUAUUUAAUGGUCAUCCGUAUUUAUUAUGUCAGAUGAUAACAUCCUUCAACUUAAUUAUUUUAGGAAUAAACAUCCUUCCCAACAAGGCUAAACUGCAGGACUAAGGACACAAUUUAUAGAAGCGCGCCAAUGCCUUCUUUGACGAGGCGCGCAUCAACGUUAGGGUCGAUCUAAAACAACGCGCCGUUCAACGACUCCCGUCGCGCGCUCGUGCUAUUUCCGAGCUCAGAAAGCCGGAGUCCGUGCGUCAAAAGAUGAGUCACUCCUCUCAUUGGCUGUUCCGACGGAGACGCGUCGCACCCCAAACAUUGCGGGGCGUGACCAAUAGCCAAGCCCGAUGCUAAGAUCUCGAGAGAGUUGGUCUGAAGCUGGCACCGCCAUGUUGAAAUAGGGAGAGGCCACAGCCAGUUUAUGUCGUUCUUCGGAUUUUUUUUGUUUUUGAAAAGGAACGCGAAGACCUCAAGGAAGCCUUUGGAUCGACGCGUGUCUUAACUUGAUUUGCUCCCUCCCAGAAAUCCCGGUGGUGGUAAAGAGGCAGGCGGAGGGGACGGCAACAAGAGGAUGGUGCAGUCCUGCUCUGCCUACCGUUGCCGGAAUCGAUACGACAAAGAGAAGCCCAUCUCUUUCCACAAGUUUCCUCUCACAAGACCUGAUCUCUGCAAGAAAUGGGAAGCGGCUGUUAGAAGAAAAAAUUUCAAGCCAACAAAAUAUAGCAGCAUUUGUUCUGAACACUUUACUCCAGAUUGCUUCAAAAGAGAAUGUAACAACAAACUAUUAAAGGACAAUGCUGUACCAACAAUAUUUUGCCACACAGAACCAAAUGUGAAGUCUGAAGGCACACAGGAACCACCUGAAGUACCAACGCCCCCUUCUCCUUCACCUCCACCACCUCCUCAAACGUACCCAAGAUUGGUAGAUCCAAGCAUUGGAUUAUUGAUGCCACCACUUCACACUCCCAAUAAUAUUGCGGUGUUUUGUGAUCACAACUAUACUGUAGAGGAUACUGUGCAUCAGAGAAAAAGAAUUCAGCAACUGGAAGAGCAGGUGGAUAAAUUGAGGAAGAAACUUAAGACUGCCCAGCAGCGAUGUAGGCGUCAGGAGAAACAGAUUGAAAAACUACGAGAGCUUGUUCAGUUUCAGAAGGAAAAAGACGUGUUGUCAGGCAAAGGUGGAUAUGUGAUUCUGCCUAAUGACUAUUUUGAAAUUGUAGAAGUCCCUGCCUAGAAGGUUAGCCUUGCCAUUUGUGGGACACUGCCAAAGUUAGCCUCAUCAGACUAACCCACCUGUUCAGUUUUAAAAAGCAAGACUUUUUAGUUCUGUAUAUUAAAUACUUCAGCCCUUCAAACCAAUAAAAGUUGCUAUA